CGUUUCUGUGCCGGAAGUCAGAAAUAGGUGAUUGCGCACCAUGGCUGCCAAAGAGAUUUCUUUUCUCGUGAGGAAGCCGCUGUUCGCGGUUCUGGUGUUGCAGUUUUAUUAUAUUUCCUCAAAAUGGGUUUCGUGAAAGUUGUCAAGAAUAAGCAAUACUUCAAGCGUUAUCAGGUUAAAUUCAAGAGGCGUCGCGAAGGUAAAACCGAUUACUAUGCCCGUAAACGAUUGACAAUUCAGGAUAAAAAUAAAUAUAAUACUCCAAAAUACAGAUUAAUUGUUCGUCUUUCCAACAAGGACAUUACAUGUCAGGUCGCUUAUUCAAGAAUCGAGGGUGAUAAAAUUGUAUGUGCUGCCUAUAGUCACGAACUUCCAAAAUAUGGAGUUAAAGUUGGUCUUACAAAUUAUGCAUCGGCCUAUUGUACAGGACUAUUGUUGGCAAGAAGACUUUUGAAAAAAUUAGGAUUGGAUACAUUGUAUCAGGGAGUUUCGGAAGUCAAUGGUGACGAGUAUAAUGUAGAGGAAUUAGACGAUGGUCCUGGUGCAUUUAGAUGCUACCUGGAUACUGGUUUAAUGCGCACGACCACUGGUGCUCGUGUUUUUGGUGCGAUGAAAGGCGCCGUCGACGGAGGUCUUAACAUCCCCCAUAGUACUAAACGUUUUCCUGGUUACGAUAAUGAGGCAAAAUCAUUUAAUGCCGAUGUCCAUCGACAACAUAUUUUUGCACAACACGUUGCUAAUUAUAUGAAAACAUUGGAAGAAGAGGACGAUGAUGCGUUCAAGCGUCAAUUUUCCAAAUAUAUUCAUCAUGGCAUUACUGCUGACAGUAUUGAGGGAAUUUAUAAAAAGGCACAUGAAGCAAUUCGUGCUAAUCCAGAGCAUAAGAAAGUCACGAAGGACACGCCACCAAUUAAAAAGAGAUGGAAUCGUGCAAAACUCAGUCUUUCGGAGAGAAAGAAUCGUGUUGCACAAAAGAAGGCAUCAUUCCUCAAGAAACUUGCCGAAAACGAGGAUUGAAAAAUGUUGUCUUAAUGACAGUUUAUUAUCCAAGAAGUAUUUAUAUAUUUACAUUUUUUUUUUAAUGUACUUUAUAAACUUCAUGGGAAAUUUCUGUUGUGAGAGUAUAAUAAAAAAAACAAAAAAAAAAAUUA